UGAUGGUGAGCUGCUCACUCAUGCUUGCAUCAUGAGACCCGGGAGAUAUCGUCCGCUGGCACGGGGAGACGCUUGUCAAACUUGCAAGUCGAGGAAGGUUCGAUGUCCUGGUGAAAGACCAUCUUGUACUCGCUGCAUACGUCUUGGGAAAGAGUGCACGUAUCCGGGAACGGCUGAUCCACCACAACCUCUCGGUCCCUCCUCUUUCUCCCUCCGUCCGGACACUGCUCCCUCGACAGCCGUUUCGGCAAGUACAUCCAGCCUGACCACCCCUGUGCCCGGUUGCACACCACAAGAAAUCACUGCGUUCGACGAUAUAUUCAAUUACAUUUCACCUGACUCCAUUAACACUCCUGCCAGCUCAUUCAGUCUACCGGCAGCAGCGGAGAUCUUUGGUAUCAUCCCGAAGGCCGAUAAUGGUCUUCCGGAGUUGCCUUCAGGGUGGAACUGGGACUGGAAUACUAUAGACCUGGAGCAGCUGUUGGGACCACAGGAUUCGGGCUCGGCCAAUCUGAGCGAUGAUGAUCGCGAUCACUUGCUACUCUUGUACUUUUCGACAUUCAACCUUUUCGGUUUGCAGGUUCAUUUCCCAACCUUCUAUGCCAAUCUCCGCUCAUCGAACGUGGAGGAAAGACCACAUUCAUGCCUGCUAUAUUCUAUGUUUCUUGUUUCAUGCUGCUCUUCCGAUCGGACAUACCUUCGCCAAAAAGAAGACCUCUUCCAUUCUCUCGCCAGAUCCGAAAUGGAAAAAGCCUUGAUGCCUCCGAUUGCAUCAUUGUCAUAUCUCUACGAUGCCCUCAGGGCGGGUACACUGAUCGCACUAUGGUUGUUCCACAAAAGCCGACUUGUAGAGGCCUGGGCGAUGCUGGGACAAAGUGCCAGGCUCGCUAUCGUCUGCGGCCUCCACCAAAUCCCCUCCUCGACUUUUGAGACCGAUGUGGCUCCUGGCUCGCCCCAAUGGCGCCGCCGAGGACGCAACGUCUACUACGAUGGGCCAGUCCCGAAAUCUAGGGUCGAGCUUGGAGAGCAUAUCAAUGCCUUCUGGUGUCUUUUCAACCUGGAUCGUUGCGCUGCGACAGCCUUACAUUGGGAUGCCUCAUUUGAGCUGUCGAAAGUCACCACGCCUUUGCCGAGAGCUUGGUCAGAGUACGAAGAAGACCAUUGUCAUGGACAGGAAUGUGAUGAGCGGCUUGCUUCGUUAUUUUCCGAAGAGAAGCGUACAAAUUGCGGAAGGGACCAUCGGACUGAAUACUCUCACUUGAUCAAAAGUGUCGUCCUGAUGCACUGCGCGGCCACUGGCGAAGCGUGUGACCCGGCCAUCCAGACCGCUCUGAACCGAUUCAACCAAGAGCUCGAUCCUCGGUGGAAGCAGGCAUCGGUGGACGAGCGAGGCACAAAGACUAUAGGGACUGGGGCCGCAUCAUUGCAGUUCAUCCUCCUCGGCGCUGAAAUGUACCUGAAAGGUGCGGAUUUGAACGCGACUGCCAAUGCCGAGGUCCUGCAAGUACUUAGACGUAUGCUCGGCGUGCUUGUACUGCUGAGAGAAAAAGUGAGCCUGAUGCCGGCACCAUAGGUUGAUUGACAUGCAGAAUUUGGGUGACUACGGCAUGUUUAUCACCACGUAAAUACAUAUGCCAGGCCCUCGACUGAUGCUCCUAGGAUCUGGAUCCGAAUGGCUCGAUUGCUCAUGAUCGAAAGCAAACGUUUGGACCGUGAAGGAGAAGACUUUGCUGCUGCGUCGCUAGUGAAAGAUGUCCUGUUCAUCGUCGAAUACCUUCGUCAUUUUCGCUUGGCGGUGGUUCAACAAUCGAUCAUCGAUAUUGAGCAUUGGACGGAAAUGCCUACUGACGAGUUUUUCAAGCUGGAGCUGUCCUCUUAGGGCCGCAUCCGAUGCAUCACUUUCAUCAUGCUCUCCGCGUAGACAGAAUGCCACGCGCCACGAAAGACCUCCGAACCCAAUUUAUGCAUUCUUGCGGAG